GCUCUAAAUUCAUCUCCCUGUAGUCCAAUUCCGUUUUACUUAAACGAUACUACCAAUGACAAGCCGCGAAGAUGAUCUUGAUCUCCUUCUUUCUCUUCAAGAGCGGGUUCUGGAAACGCCUCCUCCUUCCCCUUCAAAUCCCCAUUCUCAUUCUCCGGGGUACCUAUCAGAUGAUGGAUCGCCAAGGCAAAGAGGGAAAUCAGACUUGUCUGUUUUUAAGAAUUUUGUCGAAGAUUGUCUUGAUUAUGAACCCAAACCAGUUGAGAGACAUGCGAAGUCGAAGCCACCGAGUUCAAAUGAUAUUCAAGUUGAUAAGUUUUCAGGUUUGCGUAUAAGGAAGCAAUUGGUCAGUCCUGUGGAACUCAGUGAGCGGUUGUCGGAUAUUCGUUUUGUUCGACUAUCAACUAUAAAGAAUUUGUUGAAGGGAGACACCCUUUACGGUUGUUGGGCAACCAUAGGAGUGUUGACUGAAAAGCGUACUCCAAUGACUAUAAUCGGGCAGAGCUAUUCCAUAUGGAAAAUUGGGUGCUUAGAUGAAAAUACUGUUUCUCUUUUCUUGUUUAGUGAUGCUUAUGAGCAGAAUUGUAAGGAGCAGGUUGGAACAGUUUUUGCAUUGUUCAGUUGCAGUGUUCGCAAAGACCCAAAGGGAUUGGGAUUUUCCUUGAGCGCUACUGCUGCCAACCAAAUUCUAAAGAUCGGUACCUCAGCUGACUAUGGAGUCUGCAAGGGAAAAAGAAAAGAUGGGAUGGCUUGCACGCUUGUUGUAAAUAAGCGUCAAGGUGCUUACUGCCAAUAUCACCAAUCGAAAGCAUCAGAAAAAUAUUCCACAAAGAGAACUGAACUAAUGGGAGGGAACUUGAGAACACCAUUUAGAAAUCCUCCUAGAUCAGAAGGAAUAUACAUGGUUGAUCCUCUAUCUGAUAAAACAAACUCGAAAACAUCCUCUAAGCCAGUUAAACUACUGUCUGUGGAGGCACUUAAACGGGCACUAAGCAAUGGAGAUAAGGUGACAACAAAUAGACACUCGCAGGGCAUAAGAUUUCUUAAUACAGUUACAGGGGAAAUUGGUUCCAAAGUAGCAAAUGGAGUAUCUAAAAUGGUUGGCUCAGAGAAGAGGAAAGAAUCUAAUGUUAAACAAGACACAUCUCUACAAAGAAAAAAAACAUGUGGAUUCAAAGAGAAGGAAAGUAAAGCAGGAGCAGACUUUGGAAUUCAAUUGGACUAGGCGAUGGGAAACUGAUUGACCUAUACGUUGAUUUAACUACAUGGUGCCAUAUGUU